UUAUGGAAACGGAAUUUCAGAUAUUAAUAACAGUUAGUGAUAAUCAACGCCUUUUACUUAACAAAUAUAAGUUGUGUACAAAUAAGUACAACUAAUACAUAAAUUAGCCAAGGAUCAAGUUUAUGUCGCAGAAGUUCUCAUGACUAAAUUCCGUAAAUUCCGUAUUUACAAAAAUUUACAUAAUAACAACAUAAUUAAAUUUUUAAUUCUGUUACACUAAGUUUCAUUUUGGUUUAUUUUAAAGUUUUUUUGGUGGCUGCCUUUCUUUUUUCCAAAUUUUCUUUAACGUUCGUAACAAAUAUUUUAUUUAUAAUGACUGAAAAAUCUGGAUAUACUGCUAUUCCGCUUGAGGAGCCUCAAGUCCCUAGUGAACGAGAUUUACCUCCUUAUAGUGAGAAACCCCAUUACACACCUGCUUUUAAUACACAUGAAUGUUGUUAUCAACACCAUCAGCAAAGAAGGAAGGCUUGGAGGAAAGCUUUAAUUGCUGUAUUAAUUUUAUUCUUGGGAGGAAGGUUUUUGUUUGCUGGGCUUUCUUACUUUAUGAUGAAUAAUAAUUUCGAUGAUCAAUACAUUUUGAUACAAUUUCCUGGCUUGGGACCUCAUCAUGAACCAGAAAUUGGAUCACCUGAAGUGCCAUAUAAUGCUCCACCAGUUCCUAGUCCCCCAGAAUCUCCUGUUUGUGAACCUACAAUAAAAUGGAAUGGCCCGAGUGAAUUGUUAUUGGAUCCUCGUGAUGUUACUGGUUUGGUCUUUAGUGUUAAAGGAAUUUCAGUGCAUGGAAGCGUUAUCAUCCGUCAAGAUACUCAUUCUAAAGAUCAAGCUUUUAUCAAUAUUACAAAUAUAAUUAAACUUUCUGAGGAUUCUCUCCAAAAAGAAGUUGAUAUUAAAAUUGAUAUUAUCGAUGAUGACUAUACUAUUGUUGUUGAGGCACCAUCAUUUAACGGUCCUCGUCCCACACAAAAAUGUGUUAAAGUUGAUACUAUCAUAACCAUUCCAAAUAAUACACAUUUCUUUAGAUCUCUUUUAGUAGAUGUACCAAACAGCUGGAUUUUGGCUGAAAAUUUAGGUGGAGUUGAUUUCGCUUACGUUAAUUUUAAGACCAAAAAUGGACACAUUCGCGCUAAAGAUAUCAGUGCUAGUAUUACCGAAAUAACUACUGUUAAUGGACAUAUUCAAGGUGGAUAUGUUGUUUCCGAAAGUUUGGACGUUCGUACUGUAAAUGGUGCCAUUGAAAUCAAUGCCCUUGUCAACCCUUGGGCUGAUAAUGUAUCGGUUACUGCCAAAUCUAUUAAUGGCCAUUUGGACAUUUCAGUCAAUGAAUUGAAAGAAAAACAAAUUCUCAAUCUCAAAGCUGGAUCUGUUAAUGGUGGUGUCGUUGCAACUGUGCCUGAUACAUACCAUGGAGAUUUCUCCGUUUCCACAUUGAUUGGAUAUUCCUACAUUGAAGGUCAAGACAUUACUUAUAUAAAGAAAACACGAAAUGUCAAAGUUGGUUAUAAAAAUAAGAAAGAUGACGAUGACGACGAUGAUGAUUUAUAUAAAAAGAAAAUGAGAAAGAUGCACAAGAGAACGAUGAAGAAAACCAAAAAAUGUCGUCAUGGUCAUAAAGGCCGUAAAGGACAUGGUGAUGAUGAAAAGUCCUCACAAAUUAAUAUUGAAGCAGUAACUGGAGCCGUUGAAUUGUACUUUUUAGAGUCUUAAGGAUGUAAUGAAUUGUUUUAUGCAGGAAUUUUCUUCUUUCAUAAAAGAAUAUUGUAACAUAUUUUUGAUAUAUUUUUUUGAUGUUUAGUUUUAUAUAUUUUUUCUUUCAGUGUAAUACUUUUUUUUUAUUACAAUUAUUAUUUAUUCACGUAAAUUUUUGGUUGAUUUUUAUGCAAAAAAAAAAUAAGG